AUGUGUCAAUAUAUUUCGUCUCUUUACAAAGGAGGGCACUUUUCACCCCGAACCGCUCUCGGCAUCGAUGGAUACACCAACUCAGCUCGCUUUGAUCCAAACGAAUUCACCGUCUCCCAUGAUGCUCUUAAACGAGGCGAUUCCUACUCCGGCCUUGAGAUAAACAAAGUCUGCACUCAAAAAGGCGAGGAUGACAUUGAUGAAGAUCUUGGUGGCGAAGAUUAUGAUAUGGAGGAAGAUGACGAUAUGGAGGAUAUGGGAGAAGAGGAAGACUACAUUCCAGACAUAGAGGAACUAGAGGCCGCUGAUCUUGCUCGACAGCACCAAGAGGCCGAGUGGCUCCGACAACAGCAGCACCAACAACAGCAAAUCUUGCCUAGGGGUUCUCAGUUUUCCCCAUUAAGACCUACCUCCGGCUACGUUCCCCUUGAUACCCAUCACCCUCGUCCACAGCAACAGCAGCAUAAAAUGCAACUGCAGCAACAGCGACAGGAUCAGAGCAAACGACAGCAGCAGAAUUCGAGCUUGGUUCAGCCAUUUCAUCGGCUUGACACAGUUUCAGGGCCUGCUCGUCCACAGCAUGCGCGCAAACCGAUCCCUUUGGCAACUCUUCGUUCGCAAGAUGAGUUCCCUACCGAUGUCAGUCAUCCAUUUGACCAGCAUAUUCAAUUACCACAACACCAACGUCAAAUGAAUCCUCAGAGUUCCCUGCUUUCUACACAUUCGAACCCUGUCCGCUCAAAGCCGAUGCGCUGCCAUUUCGUCCCCGCCAAUUCAUCUGCUUCAAGUCUUGAACUUGGUGCUGUCUCACGCCAGCCGCCUCGGUCGGAUGACUCUUAUUUGUCUACACAACAACAUCAAAGGACUGUAUUAUCCACUGUUCCUCCCUCCGGUGGCGGAGUCUUCCAUGGCGAUUGGAUUGAGACUGGCUGUACAUCUUUGAUGGCAACCAAUGCGGCCACUGGUUUUCCUAGAGGUUACAGAGUGGUCCGCUCAAUAGGGCCAGCCGAGAUCUUGCGGAAUGCUGGUGGUGUCCCUAGCGUCUCAUUAGGACAUCGUGAGCGACAGGGAACAUGCUCCAUGGCCAGCCAAGAGUCAAAUGCCAGGGAUCCUGACCUAGGCCCGUCGUGGUGA